AUGUUCCCACCUAUACGGAGACAAAAAGAGGCUCACUCUGCAUCGUCCAACCGCUUCUCUUCUUAUCGUCGUCCGUCGUUGAGUCCUGAUCAGAGAAUGGUGGAUAUGACAGAGGAGCGCGUUGUGCAAUAUCUCAGGGAUAAUCCAUCAGUGCUCGAGAACUACGUCACUGGUCCUAACAUCUCGUCUGACACGUUCCAAAAAUGGAUGCAUCGACGUAAUAACUGGAAUCACUUACGAAGAGAUGCAAGAAGAAUUUUUAAUGGAGCGUGGGGGUCAGAAGAUCUCGAGUCCAGACGCCGUAUUAUCCUGGACCACGGAGACGAUCAGGUCCGGAUUCUAUAUGAAUUGGCGCAAUGUUGUGCUCAAAUCGCCAACACCGACCUCUGCGAAUUAUUUGUCCAGAACGAGGAGGGCGUUUUUCUUGUCUACAAGGAAAUGGGCGAGAAGCCACAAAUUAAAUGUCGUAAAGUGAAACGCGCUCGUAGAAAUCCUAUGCAUCUACAGAAGUUGAUCGAUAUCGACGAAGGAAAUAUUGGAGAAAUCCACUUCAAUACGCCUGUCUCAGAACGGGACCGACAAAUCAUCAAUGUGAUUUGUACGUGGGCUGCAGCUUCACUGCACUAUGCGCAGGUAGCUGCUCAACUUGAGCGAACAGGUAGCAGCUCGGAAAUUUUUGCUCGACAACGACGUCUUAACCAGUUUCUCCUUGACGUCGCGAAAAGUAUCUUCCAGGAUAUCGUCUCCAUGGACACGGUGAUAAUCAAGGUUAUGAACUUCGCUGCAAAACUGGUCGAUGCGGACAGAGCAUCGUUGUUUCUUGUUGACAACAAAAAUCAUGAGCUCUACGCCAGAAUAUUCGACAUUGGUAAAGGAAGCGAGGAACUGGAGAAGAUUAACAAGGAAGGACAUAAGGAAAUUCGGUUCAGCAUGAAUCGAGGAAUAGCAGGGCACGUGGCUUCAACUGGCGAGGGACUCAAUAUAGAGGAUGCCUACGAGGAUAGCAGGUUUAAUCCUGAAGUGGACUCAAAGACUGGAUACACUACAAAAACUAUUCUUUGUAUGCCGAUAUUCAUUCGUGGCAAUGUAAUUGGCGUCGUGCAAAUGGUGAACAAACACGAAGGUGUAUUCACGAAAGCCGACGAGGACAGUUUUGAGGUGUUCGCUGUAUAUUGCGGAUUAGCACUGCACCACGCUAAACUCUACGAUAAAAUCAGAAGAUCUGAACAGAAAUAUCGCGUCGCUUUGGAAGUUCUCGCUUAUCAUAGCGUGUGUAAUAAAGAUGAGGUGGCUAAGCUACAAAAGAUGGAGAUCAGGGACCGAGUGGAAGAGCUUGAGACCUUUGAAUUCAACUAUUUGCGUAUGUCGGAGCUGGAGAAGCCACUGUACGCAAUCGCUAUGUUCAAAACAUUAUUCCAGGAGCAAUUCCGUUAUGAUCGCGACGACUUGAUUCGUUUUGUUCUCACUGUGAGGAAGAACUAUCGACGAGUGGCGUAUCAUAACUGGGCGCAUGGAUGGUCCGUAGCUCAUGCCAUGUUUGUUUUGUUAAUGCAUACAUCUCGUGACAUCUUCAACACUCACGAGGCACUAGCGCUGUAUGUGUCGUGUCUGUGUCAUGACUUGGAUCAUCGUGGAAAAAACAACGCCUACAUGAAAUCAAUGAUGACACCGUUGGCUAGUAUUUAUACGACAUCUGUAAUGGAGCAUCAUCACUUCAAUCAAACGGUGACCAUCCUUCAACAAGAUGGUCAUAAUAUCCUGAAAACAAUGAACUCAUCCGACUAUAAACAAGCGUUGUCCCUCAUCAAGCACUGCAUCCUCGCCACCGAUCUCGCGCUAUUCUUCACUAACAAAGCAGAACUUAACAAAAUCCUCGACAGCGGCAAAUACGAUAUCCAUGACGAGCAUCACCGGAGACUGACUCAAGCGAUUUUAAUGACCGGUUGUGACCUGAUCGCUUCCGCUAAGCCAUGGUACAUUCAGACGGAGACCGUGAAGGUCAUAUUCGAGGAGUUCUACGAGCAGGGUGACGCUGAACGACAGAACGGACGUGAACCGAUCGCAAUGAUGGAUCGUAACAAGGCACAUGAACUUCCCCAGAUGCAGGUAGGAUUUAUGCGUGGUAUUUGUCUGCCAUGUUAUGAACUAGUCGCUAAAGUGAUUCCGGAUGCAGCGUUUCUGAGGGAUCAGUGCGAGUACAACGCUAAGAAAUGGGAGGAGUUGGCAGCCGAACAAGCGGAAUUAAACAAACAAAAAACUGAAGAGACAACAAUCGAGGAAGGAAAGGAGUGA